CAGCCCCCUUUGCUUUAAAGAUUCUCCCUUCAUAUCUCUUCCUCACACAAGCCUAGUUCGUUCACAGCACAAAGAUGGACCAUGGUACAAAAACACAAGAAAAGAGAUCAUACAUUUGCAUGCCAAAGAUGUUCAUGGCUGAUUUGGAAAAAAACUAUCAGCUGGAACAUGGACUGAUCAUUAUGCAGUUGAACGCCUUCAUCAACGAAGGCUACAUGCAGGCCUACUUCAGAGACUGGGGGAAUGUCACUGGUUGUAAGAUCAUUAAAAACUACAAGUCAGAAGACAGCAAGGCGAUUGGCUUCGUCAGGUUUGCCACGGGGGAAGAUGCCGACAAGGCGGAGAUGGCCGGCCCUCACUUCAUUGGAGGAGAAUUGGCGGCCGUGCGAAGGGUUGUUAGUCCAAAGAUAGGAUCCGGGGAUGACCUGGUCCUAAAAUCCUCCUCCAUCAGAGCGUCUCAACCCAGGGCCAGGCCCUCCAUGGGCCUGGGCUACAUCUUCGAGGACGCCCAGUGGCUGGACAAAGAGCUGAUAUGAACCACCUGUGUGGAA